AUGGCUUUUGCCACACUCAUUUGGCUGUUAACACUGCGACAAGCACACAAAAUAUACGCGCUCGAGCAACAGUACGUUUGCGGGAAUGUGGUCAAGGAGAAAGCCCCUCGGUGGGACUUGCUGGGUGUAACAAAACUGCUCGAAUUCGCUCAUCAUUUCCGAAGUAAAACUGCACUCGAGUAUACGGAUAGGCUGUUCAAGAUAUAUGGGAACACUUAUAUGUCUCAGAUUCUGGGUUACCGGAUUCACUUCACAUGCGAUCCGACUAACAUCAAACACAUUCUCUCAACGAACUUCGCGGAUUAUGACAGUUCCAAACUGCGGGGCCAUCUGUUCGAUCCCAUUACACCUCAUGGAAUCUUCACGGUUGAUGGUCCCGACUGGCGAGCAAUCCGCGACCAGCUGCGCAUCCAGAUGUCCAACAACCGCAGAAUCUGUGACCUUGCGAUGUUUGAGCAGCAGUUCCAGACUUUCCUUCAGCGUGUACCGCCCGAUGGCCAGAAGUUUGAUAUCCAGGAGUUUUUCAUCAGUCUUGCAAUUGAUAUCCAGAGCAGAUUUGCUUUUGGGGACUCGAUCGAUACCUUGCAUCCUUGUCCCUCGCCGGCAAAGAAGCGCUUUGCGCAAGACUUACAUAUCAUCAAGGAGACUAUCGUUCGUGACGGCUUUCGUGGCCCACUGCGUCAUUUUUCGACGAGACUAGAGUUCCAACAGUCCUGUGCGCGGGCGCGUCGCUUUAUCAUGGAUUAUGCAGAGCGGGAAGUGGCGAAGGGACAGUCCCAGGAUAGCGCAGAGGGAUACUAUCUCAUGAUGGGCUUGAGAGAUAAAGGAGCAGAUGCCGCCCAAUUGGCAAACCAGGCUCUCAGUAUUUUGCUAGCUAACGAUAGCAUUGCUACUACAUUGUCGGGCAUCUUCUUCCUUUUGUCACGGCAUGAACGAGUGGUCUCAAAAUUACGACAAACUAUAAUGGGGGAGAUAGGUUCCAACCCUCCUACCUACGACCAGCUCAUGAAGAUCGCCUACCUCACACAUGUUAUCCAUGAGAGUAUGCGAUUCUUCCCAGUGGCUCCCUUGAAUGCGCGAACGGCAAACAAACACACUGUUCUGCCAUCCGGUGGCGGUCUUGAUGGCAGCAAACCGGUUCUGAUUCGCAAGGACGACAUUCUUGUAUUUUCUUCCUGGUCUAGCCACCGACUGGAGGCCAGCUUUGGCUUGGAUCCCGAGGAAUUUCGACCCGAGCGAUGGGAAACAUUGAGCGCCGAUGUCACCGGGUUUAUACCUUUCAACAAGGGUCCCCGACUUUGUCCUGGAAAACGUUAUGCUAUGAUUUUCAUCUCUUACAUGGUUGUUCGUCUACUGCAGACCUUUACACAUGUAACAAACUACAAUCCAGGACCGUGGGUUGAGAGGCUAUCGAUGACGCUGGAGAAUGAUAAUGGUGUGUUGGUUGGGUUGAGCUGA